CCCAUAAAUCGAUUCAUUUGGAAUAGCUGGCUUAUUACCUGUCUUCGUGAACCGGACCUGCGACGAGCUUGCCACCUCUCCUCCCUAAGGACGUCGCUCAACAAACGAAUAUGGCGGGAUGGUUCGGAUCCUCCAACAGCGCGUUCGAUGAACAGGUCGAACGCGCCACUUCUUCAAGUUUAGAGGACAUUGCCUUGAACCUUGAGAUAUCCGACUUGAUCCGAUCCAAGACUGUGCCGCCCAAAGAUGCUAUGCGUGCGCUCAAGAGGAGGAUAGACAACAAGAACCCCAAUGUGCAGCUGGGCGCACUGAACCUCACAGACACAUGCAUCAAGAACGGUGGCACCCACUUCAUCACUGAGAUUGCCUCACGAGAAUUCAUGGAUAACCUGACCUCACACCUCAAAGCGCCGCCGUCCAUAGCACCGAACCACGAAGUGAAGAACAGGAUGCUGGGCCUCAUCCAGUCCUGGGCAACCGCAGCAGAAGGCCGAAGUAACCUCUCAUACAUAAACGAGGUGUACCGUGAUCUCCAGAGAGAAGGCUUCAACUUCCCGCCCAAGGAGCAUGUCGCCAGUAGCAUGCUGGACAGUAGCGCACCUCCUGAAUGGACCGAUUCGGAUGUAUGCAUGCGGUGCCGCACCCCAUUUACCUUCACCAACCGGAAGCACCACUGUCGGAACUGCGGUAACGUCUUCUGCGGAUCUUGUUCUAGCAAGAACCUUCCCCUUCCCCACCUCGGCAUUCUGGAUGCCGUUCGCGUCGACGAUGGCUGCUACACGAGAUUAACAACAAAGGCUAAACCGGUCCCCAGAGCAUUCGAUGCUGCCAAGCCUUCCUCAACUUUAUACCAACGGUCCAUGGAGCCUAGGAGUGCACGUGUAGAGUUCGAUAACUUUGAUGCAGAUCUGAAAAAGGCGCUCGAGAUGAGUCUGGAGGAAGCAAAAGCGCAGGCUGGAUCCGGCUUCGUGUCGCAGAGUGACUUGAGACCGCCUGCGAAAUCGUCCACUACCAAUGGCACAUCGAAACCAUCGCGUGCGGAGCCUGAGGAGGAGGAUGAUCCCGAUCUAAAAGCCGCAAUUGCAGCUUCACUGGCGGAUAUGGAAGAGCAGAAGAAGAAACACGCGGCUGCUCUUCGGCAGCAAGCAUCCGCUUCUAAUGGAACUGUACUCGUUGCGCCAAAGAACGAUUACGAACUGACGCCAGUCGAGGCGGAAAAUAUCAAUCUGUUUGCCACGCUCGUGGACCGGCUACAACAUCAGCCCCCGGGGACCAUAUUACGGGAGCCUCAGAUCCAAGAGCUGUAUGAAAGUAUAGGCAAGCUUCGGCCCAAGCUUGCACGUACCUAUGGGGAGACUAUGAGCAAGCACGACACACUCCUUGAUCUCCACGCCAAGCUAUCCACAGUUGUCCGCUAUUACGACCGCAUGCUCGAAGAACGAUUGUCAUCCACAUAUGCACAACCUGCCCUGUAUGGCUUGCCCCCUAGAUUGCAGCAGCCAUCCAAUCUCUACCCCAGUAUCCAACAAGGGCCACCAGAUACGACACAAGCAGGAGAAAGCUUUUACACCGGCACCCCCGCUCCUUCCGACUCUUACGCAAGACCGCAGUCAUACUACGGCUAUGCGCCGCCAUCGCAACAAACCCCAGCGUCAUACGCACAGUACGACAAGCGCGCAUCUGUCCCACCCCAAUCCUACGCGCCGCCUCAGCAGCCCUCUCAACCGUAUCCAAACCUGGCCCCAUAUAGCAGUCCAGCGCCUCAACAGCGCCCAGCGAGCACUACGUUCCAGCAAACACCAUCGGCACCAGACGCUUCUCCGCAAAUGCAACGUCGGGUUUCGAGUCAGCAGUAUCCGUCUCAACCUUCGGCGCCGUAUGCUCAGCCGCACGCGGUCCCACCGUCAACGGUGUCGGAUCAAGAGAGCGGUGGUUAUUACUAUGAAGAACCGAGUUCAGCACAACCUACUGCCCCGCAGGUCCAGCGUACCCUGAGUUAUGCCUCGCAGGCGUCGCAGCAACGGCAGUCGAGCAGCCCGGAGAUGUAUCGUCAUGCGCAGCCAGUGCAGCAGGGCCCUGUGUCGCCGCCGCAGCAACAGGUGAAUGCACAGCAGCCGCGUCAAGGAUAUCAGCAGCAGGAGCAGCCCUAUUGGCAGCAACCACAGCAACAACAAGGGCUCGAUUCUUCUCCGCAGGGACAAACGCCUCAAUCCCAACCUCAACCUCAGCAGCAGCAGCACCAGCAACAACAACCUCAACAGCGAUAUCAACAGCAACAGCCUCCUUCUCAACAACAGUACUUUUCUCCCCCAGCUCAACCUCAACCCCAACCGCAGCAGGAACCGCAACAGCAAUACCAACAACAACAACAACAACAACAACAACAACAACAACAACAACAACAACAACAACAACAACAACAACAACAACAACAACAACAACAACAACAACAACCGCAGCAGCCGCAGCCGCAACAGCAGCAGCCUCCUCCCCAGCAACAGUACUUCGCUCCCCAACCUCCACCUCAACAACAACAACAACUUCCCUCGGUGCCUACAUCAUGGGAACCCCAGCCCGGGACGUAUCCAGCAGCAGAUGGCUUCCCCAGCGCGCCGCAGCAUCAACCGGUAGCGAAACAGCCGCAGCCGCAGCCGGUGGUGGAUGAGCCGUUGAUUGAUUUGUAAAGAGAGGACCCGGGGGGAAUGUAUGUGUGGCGAUUUUCUAUUAUUAAGGCGUCAUUGUGGUAUUCGGAGGCUGGGAGUAUUAGAGAUGGGAGCGGGGCAAGAAUGAGGGAGAUGGGAAUGGAAGAGGGGGGAGUUGAGCAUGUGGUGGGGAGGGAGACGAGGAGUUUCAACACCGUGGAGUUUUUUAAAGUGAAGUGAAAUGACUGCUCCUUAGUUCCGUUUCACCUCAUGGGGGGUUUUCGCCUGUUUUGUACUGUCUGUCUAAAGGGCGGGGAGGAUAUUUAUUGUCAAUGGCCUGAUCCGCGGUAGGGGUACUUCUGUUGUAAGCACCAUGUUCGAAGUAGGGUCGGGUAGGUGAGGCCAGAGCCACAUUUGUACCUGCCAUUCUCCCUCCUUUCAUUCAUCGUGGGCCAUAUGUAGUUGGUUGCAUCACUCAAAUACCAAUAGAACAUCUGAACUCGCA